AUACGUGUAGGAGAAAAAUUAGGUCAUUAUCGCACACGCAAAAUCGAUCGUAAAGAUUUGCGAAAUCCCCAUCCUCACCACUGCUAACAUAAGCCGCCCUGCUAACUUGAGCCUCCCUACACAAUUUAACUCCGCACCACCAGUAUGCCUGGCGCUCUUAAAUUCACCAAUUCUGUUAUCCUACACCCCCACCAACCCUAUACAUUUCUCGUCCCCUCCUCCUCCGCCACCACCACCGGCCAAUCGACGGCAACUAUCCGGCUAAAUCACUCCGUCGGCUGGUGGCGCAGGAAAACCGCAUUCUCGCCUCCGGCGCACCGUAGAAUCGCUUCGCGGAGCGGCCGGGAACAUCUCCUAUUCUCAUCGGAUUCUCAAAACGGAGAAGUAGAUAGAAAGUUGUUUUGCAAUUCGAAUACUAAUUUCGGUUCCAAAAUGUGCGCCACCGUCGAUGGCAAGGCCGAGAGCCAAUCCGACGUGUCGUCGCCCACGCAGAAGCUAACCGGAAAACCGCCCGCGCAGCCGGCGAAGCUGCUUACAUUGCCUACGAUAUUGACGAUUGGCCGCGUCGCCGCGGUGCCGCUCCUUGUAGGCACAUUUUAUGUUGAGAGCUGGUGGGGACCUGCUGUUACAACUGGUAUUUUCAUUGCGGCAGCCUUUACAGAUUGGCUCGAUGGAUACCUUGCUCGAAAGAUGGAUUUGGGAACUCCAUUUGGUGCGUUUUUGGAUCCAGUGGCAGAUAAGCUUAUGGUUGCUGCCACAUUGAUCUUGUUGUGUACCAGACCUUUCGAAGCUGGUGGGUUAGGGCAUGCACCAUGGUUGUUAACUAUACCUGCUAUUGCUAUAAUUGGCAGAGAGAUUACUAUGUCCGCUGUUAGGGAAUGGGCUGCUGCUCAGGACAGAGAGCUUCUUGAGGCUGUUGCAGUCAAUAAUUUGGGGAAGUGGAAAACUGCCUCACAGAUGAGUGCACUAACCAUCCUCUUGGCUGCCAGAGAUGGCAGUAUCAUUGGAGCCAAAACCUUCGCUUAUUCCGGGGUUUUGUUGCUAUAUAUUUCGGCAUGGCUUGCCUUAUGGUCACUGGUCGUGUAUAUGAGUAAGAUAUGGAAAGUGCUUCUGAGGCAGUAACUUCGCAUACCAAUUUUUAUCUUGGUUCGUAGCAAUUAUAACGAAGAAUGGAGGAGCGAGGACAUCCUUACCCGUAUAAAGAAGAGACUGUUCUAAAUAUGGGUGAGUAAGUGCUGCUCCGUUUGAGAUUCUUUAGCAUCAACUCAGUUCUAUCGCGGAACAGCUUUGUGUUCCAAUUAUCCAAAAAAUAUACGAGACGAAAUAAUGCCGUCGCUCUAGUGACCUCUCAUCACGGAUGUAAUGAGCGACGAGCAGUAGGUGGCAUUCCGUGUCUUGCUCAGGCAGUAUUUUUUAUUUUGGCCAAGAGUCACUGCAGAUGCUUUACAUGCAUGUGUUGCUCUGUUUAGCAGCUUGGUGGCUGAUUUAGGCUUAGUAAUUUGUUAGAAGUGCGAGAAUGCUCGUUAAAGAGUUAGGACAAGAUCAAAUUUGAUGUAUUAUUGUUAUAUUUGUUAUUAAAUGUACUAUAUAGGUGGUAUGAUAAAAUCAUGAAGCAUAAUAAUGCUUGCAGUUGAAAUUCGACUUUUAAA